UUGAUACUACGUGAGUUGUUAGUUGCCUUUAUAAACCCAACAAGAAGUAGUAAGUACAGAAACAUUUAUAAGCUCAUCAGUAUGUCAUUGCUGCCUCAUCAGUUAAGGGAAAAUAUCAAUAUGCCUAGGGAAACAGGUGAGCACUCCACCCAGUUCCCAAAUAAGGAAUCUCGCUAUCAAUGCUGGGAAUCAAGAGACAAACUCUGGGAAUGCUUGGACUUAGGAGGAACUGAUGAAACUUGCAAAGAGUUUAGAAAUAAAUAUGUUGAAUUGUGUCCUGGAACAUGGGUCAAGCAUUUUGACAGAAAGCGAAAAUACCAACUCUUCAAAGAGCAGAUAAACCAAGGCUAUGAACCGUUGGACUCACAAGCAAGAAGAAAUGAAGGUUAAUAGGAUAUUCAUUACUGGGACAUUUUGUGUGUUUCUACUUUGAAUAAAUUUUUCUAACAGCAUGUACCUUAAGCCUUUUUUUUUUUUUUUUUUUUUUUUUUUUUUUUGAAGGGUUGAACAUGAAUAUUUUUCUGACAGUACAUUUGUAAUAGUAACAGUGCAUUGGCAAUGAUCAGCAGUUUUGUGUAAUAAUAAUUAUAAUAUUUAUGGUAUGUAUGACUUGUAAAUAAUUGUAUGAACAUUAAACUGAGUUACCCGAAGAUU